AUGGCAACGCUUGAUAACAGCAACAUCCUGCCACACUACGCAGACACUCGGGGUGAUUCUGGGCGGGAUCAGAGCUUCCAGCAGCCGCUAAAGUGUCCCGCCCGCUCCGCUGCAGAGCUCCGCUGCAGAGAGAAUCCGCUGAUCGCUCACUCCAUCGAGAACCAGGCGAGACCAUUACGCACGAGCCCCACGGAGAAACCUCCACAUCUGCAGAGUUUCCUCGACGCCCACAGUGUUCGGGGUGUGUCCCAGGCCACGCCCCCUGCAGUACCCGGCCACGCCCCCUGCGGUGCCCGGCCACGCCCCCCGCGGUUCCCGGACACUCAUUCAUAA